AUGGACGCCGGACCGGAAGGCGGAUCUGGACCGAUGCGGCGGUCUGCAUCGGUCAUUGGUGGCCUGAUGAAUUGGAUUUCACCGUUUCACGGUCGACGGUCUACAAGCCGCCAGAGCGACGCGGAGGAGGGGCUGGGGGGCGACGCAAGCUUUGAAGACGCCUCGGCAGGAAACAGUUUCGAGAGCGACACACUGUUCAACACACGGUCAGGUAUCCCGCGCACGGUAUCGAGCUUUCAGCUUCCGAGCACCCAGAACACGCAAUCGGUUUCUGCCAAGCAGGAACGGCCAAGCGCGUCGCGCUGGGAGUCGCCCGUCGCUGUACAGUUCCAGGACACGUCGUUCGGGUCGAUUCCCUCGCCACUGGCGCGUCGCCAAACCCCCUCGCAGCUUGCACAUGCAAGCCUCGAGUUGUAUCCGGGAGCUCUUGAUACUCCGUCUAGGCACGCGCCGGCCAUGGGCUCCGUAUCGCCUUUUGCUACUGCCACACCUACGGGGCGCAGACACCGCCCAAUAUACUUUGGGCCGGGCACGAGCGCACAAGGAUCAGCUAGGAAUGCAUACUCUCCUUUGCGCAGCAGUGGACUCAGCUCGUCGCGCUCGAUGGGCGCGCUUUCUUCGUUCGCCGCGCCUGCCGCAGAAGAACGGCCAAAACGGCGGAAAAUGGAGACGGCGGUGGUGGAUCGGUCGCCCAUGCAGUAUGCAUCGAAAACAACCGCUCCUUCUGUGUCAAGUCCGCGGAAGCGUGCAGCAGAGCAGUCGCCUGAGCCUUUUGAGCCGAGCCCUGCGCGCCAGACUCGCGCCGCGACAAAGCUCUUGUCCGUAUUGGAGACCACGGCGCCACUUCCCAAGCCGCAACCGGUUGUGCCAGAGGUGGUGAACCCAUACGAAACGUCUUUUACAAAGCGCGCAAACUUGCCCACAUCAACGCCGCGCUCUACGCGUGCCAAGGCGCUGGAGGCCGCGAGGAAACGCGCUGCGGAAAAGAGGCCGACGCGCGACGAAAUGAACGAUGCGCCGCCCAAGGUAUCGUUGUUGGAUAUGGUCGAGCGCACGGCGCCGACUUCGGAGCGUCGUUCGUCGCGUAUUGCGCAGCGUGCGGACGAGGAAGAGCAGCAGCCCGAACCAGUGCCUGUAUCGCCGGCCAAGAGCCCAGCGCCGCUGGCAUGGCAGUUGAAUAAGCCGAAACGUCCGUCGCCAUUGGCUGUAGCGCCUGUGCAGGAUGCCAAGGCAAAGGCGCAAGAAACCGAAGCACCACACGCACCGCAAGCCAAGCACACAGACAAGGCGCCAAACCAAGGCGCGCUGCCUUUGCCGCCCACACACACUGCGACGCCCAUCGCACCUGCACAGCCCGAAAACCCCAUAAUCGCGCCCGCUGCUUCGCCCAUUAGCCAAGCGCAGCCUCCUUCUGUGCCUGACCAUGUACAAAAUGUCCCGUCCUGGGCAGUUAUCCAGCCGCCUUGGAAGAGAUCUGCAGCAUAUACUUCCGACGCCAUGCGCACUGCGGGCCAUGUUCCAUACGACAAGUUGCCCAGCUUUACCUUUAGCGUAUCGCCGCCCUUGCCUGAAAAUGUGGACGCCAUCGAGGAGCCAACAAAAGAGCCUGCGCAAACGUUACCCCAGAAAAGCACUGCCUUUGCUUUUUCUCUUCCGAAGCAGAGUGCUGCAAUGGAGCCUGCGAGUACGACUGCGCCUAUGAUGCAAAGCACACACGGCGCUGCCAAAGCCAUGCCCUCUGCCCAGCCGUCGUUUGGAUUGCAGAGCGCCGCGCAGAAUUUCGGCUUCUCGUUUAGCACACCGCCCAAACCGACCGCGUCGCCUGUAUUUUCCUUCAGCGCGGCCGGCACUGCGCCAAGCGCUGGGUUUUCCUUCGGCUCACAACAGCCCAAGGCAGCCGAGGCUCAGGCGCCAAUAGAGACAAUGGCCGCCAAUCACGACGCGCCAGAUGCCGAGGGCAGCUCUUCCCUCGCUGGCACAGGCGAGGGCGAAGAGGGCGAAGAAACGCUUCAUGAAGCGCGUACCAAGAUCUGGAAACUCGACGGCGGGUCAUGGCAGGACCUUGGCGUGACCAUUUUCCGCAUCAAGAAAAACAAGGAUACGGGCAAGUCGAGAGUGCUGGCAAGGAACGCUGUGAAUGGAAACGUGGUCCUCAACUUUUUGCUCUACUCUGGCCUCAAGGUGACUGUUGACAAAACCGUCUUGUCUUUUGUGGGACUGAUGGACGCAAAGCCAAGCAGCUUGCGCUGCAAGGUAAAGACCGCUCACGGCGCAGUAUCGCUCAAGGAUGCCUUGAUGAACCAUACCAAUGCUUAG